UCCUCCAUACCUGUCCUGCACUUGAGUACAAGCAGAACAGGUUGGACAUGUCUCUGUAGGCAGCAUGCAGGGGUCAGCUGCUACAUGAUUGCUUUUUUGUAUGAAGUGUGUGUUGAAGCUUGAUGACAUUGGCAGUGAAAGUGUUACUGCCUGGUACAGAUUCAGUGUAAGGUGUGUGCAGGCACUAGGACCGCCCUGUACACCUGUUCUCCCACGAUCUACACUCUUUUUGCUGUAUCUUUGCUGAUCAAAGGGCAAGGAGAGGGCUGAAUCUGUUCUAUCACUACUUAUCCUGUUUGAAUUACACAAAGCAUGGCCCUGCUGCUGCUGAAUUCUCUGCAGGAUCCUCAGCUGGUGGCCCAGUUUCAGAGGUCCUGUGGUCUGACCUUCCUACAGCCAAACGGUGAAGCUAAUGGGCAUUCCAAUGCACAGACCCUCCAGGGAGGCAGGGAGAAGGGUGUUCCCCAGGAAAAUGGACAUAAGAGCUACAGCAAUGGAUCAUAUUCUAAUGGAACACUCAAGCAGAUGCCGGCCAGAAAGUACGUGGUGCACAAUUACGUGCUGUAUUACCUAUUCAGGUUCGCGGCUGCACUGGGACAAGAAAUAUUUUAUAUCACAUUCAUGCCUUUCAUUCUUUGGAACAUCGACUCUUUUAUUGCAAGGCGGAUGAUUUAUGUCUGGUGUAUUGUCAUGUACAUUGGGCAAGCUUCUAAAGACAUCCUAAAGUGGCCUCGUCCUUCUUCCCCUCCUGUGGUGAAACUGGAAACCAGAGUAGAAGCCGAGUAUGGAAUGCCAUCCACACACACCAUCGCUGCCACAGCAAUUUCAUUUACUUUCCUUCUGGCCUCCGUCGGGCGCUAUCAGUUCCCAUUUCUGCUUGGCUUUGUGGUCGCCCUCUGCCUUUCCACACUGGUGUCCCUCAGCCGGCUGUACACAGGCAUGCACACAGUGCUGGAUGUUAUAUGUGGAGCUGUAUUUGCCCUGGUGUUUUUAGCAGUGACUUUUCCGGCGUGGGAUUUCUUCGAUCACCUGGUUAUGACAAACCCACUAUGUCCUGUAGUUGCUGUUAUUGUUGCUUUCCUGCUCAGCUACAACUACCCCAAGUUGGAUCACUACAGCACGACACGAGCAGACACAACAGUCAUAUUGGGUGCGGGAGCUGGGACCUGUAUAGGAGUUUGGCUGAUAAAUUAUUUAGGAUUGACUUAUGUACCCACUGGUCUGUUUCCACUCAGCAUCCCACCUAUAAGCUCUGACAUGCUGCUCAAGCACCUUGCCAGGUUUGUUCUUGGAGUCACUGUCCUGGGUGUAACACGCUAUAUUGCUAAAACACUUUCUCUCAAAGCUCUUGGUUUAUGGUACAAUGUCUCAACACAGAGCCAGUUGGUUAGGCAGAGACUGGAAAUUGAGGUGCCCUAUAAAUUUGUUACUUACACAUCGAUUGGUGUUAUUGCAAUAUCAUUUGUUCCUUGGGUUUGCCAUAUGUUGGACUUAUAAAUUUCAAUCUAGCAGAAGUUGAAGACCAGCAUCUGGUAACUAAUGCAAUGUGUCCAUUCCGGAUCAUCCGCAUUGUUCUUUUACAUAGUACAAAUGUUAUGGAGGGAAGAGGCCAGGCUGCAUCCAGUGACAAACUUCCUUUGGGGUCUCAACCCAUCCAAUAAACUAACAAAUGGGAUCAUGAAAUGGAUAUAAAGCUUCACUUUUUCCCCCCAUCCUGGACUUGAACAAUAAACAGCACAGAAAUAAACCAGUUACGUCUGGAACGCACUGCUCCCUUCCUCACACUGUGCUUGCACUAAAGUUACUGCACUGCUUUGUUAUAUUUUCUCUUAUUGGUUUGUUUGUUGCUGUGUAGUUUACAUAUAAAAAAUGAGGACAUAAUAAGUGAUUUAUGAGAAUCCAUGCAUUCCUAAUAAACCCUCUGGUCUGAUUGGAUGUGCACGAAAAACAGGUAAACUUUUCCUUUGAUGGUGGUGAUGAGACGAUGUUAGGACAAUAUACACAUGAACCAUGAGGUGAGAUUGUAUGUCUAAAACAUUACAAAGUAAUUACUACUAAAUGCCUCAAUGAUGCCUAAUACACUGAGACACAUAGCCACACUUAUAUGUAGGAGACUGGUUUGCCUUGACAAUAUUACUAUGUUUGUACCACGAAGUCUAGUGGCAGACUCAAUUAGCCAAAGAAGCCGAUGGAAUUGCUUCCAGUGGCUUUGCGUAUUUUGUGGCUGAUGCUGUUCACCGCCUAUGGAGGUAGAAGCAGACUCGGCCUAUCAGAACUGGCCAAUAAAUGCACAAUCCAAGUUGUCCCCAUCACAACUGCGGUAUAUCUAGUUUCUGAAAAUAUUUUUUUGUUAACGAAAUACAUUUCUAAAACUUAUUUUAUUACCUUUAAUUUUUCCUCCCCAUCUUUGUUCAUGAUGUAUGCAAGAAAAUAGUUCUGAAGAAGUCAUGUUUUGUUGUCACUAUGUAAGUGCACCCCAUCUACGUAAAGUUAGCAAAUUGCCGACAUAAACACAGCCACAUAAAAUACACACAUAUCAUUCCUAAGCAUAUGGACAAAUGGCUGCAUUGCAUUGUGUGCAAAUGUGCCUGACUAGUCUGAUAGAUAUAAACAUAACUGCCCUUGUUACACUGUAUAAGACACCAAUGCUGUGGUCAUGCUAUACUGAAUGUAAUUCAUCUGACCUUGCUUACUACCAGUCUCUCUACCCAACAGCAAUGCUGUAUGUAAAUUGUGAAUAUAAUUAAUAUAUUAAAGUAAAUUUCUAAAUAUGAGGGUUUUUUUUUCAUAUGAAGUUGGAAAUAAAAAAAAGUAUUGUCCGA